AUGGGCGAUCAGUCGAGGAAUUUCGAAGUGGUGAUUUCAUGGGGAAGCGAUUUGAUCAGUGUUUUGGGUGAUAGGAAUGGAUUUGACGGUUUGGUACAAACUCUCGAGCAUUUGAGAGCUAUCCAGUUCUCCUGCGACCAAGAUUUUAGUGAGAUACAGGAAUCUCUCUUUCGUUGGGUUUACUGUGUUAGAUUGAAUGGUGAAUUUCGGGUGUCUUUUUGUUUUUGUUGCGCAGAUUUGAAGAAGAAACUCGAUGUUUGCAAGGAGAAGACGGAUGAGGCAAAUUCAGAGAUUGCAGAAGAAGAAGAAGAAAUUGAGCGUCUUCAGAAAGAGCUUGAUGAUGAGCUAGAACGGGAGUGGAAUCUCAAGGAAGAGCUUAGAUAUGUAUAUUAUUUAAUUUUGACUCGAGUGAGCUUAAAAAAACAUUCGUAUGUUGAUUCUUUGACAUGA